AUGUAUCUAUUAGGCAUCUGGCAGGAUCAGCUAACAUACCCUCCGACUUUGCAAGUUGCAAUACACUCAUGUGUGACUCUGACAAUUGCCAGGGACAACCUUUUAGUCGCCCCUCGUUGUGAGCCUCUGGCAGCUACUAAGGAAUGUAUCAUAGUCCCCAGAUCUAUCAUUGAGGGUCUCCUUACUGCCCUUCACAUUCGUCUUGACCACCCCACUAGUCACCAGCUCAAACUAUCUGUUCGCCGCUAUUUCUUCGCCCUUGAUUUAGACAAGUAUAUUGACCAAGUUUCCGACUCGUGUCAUCAGUGUGCUGCCUCGCGUCGCAUACCUCAUACCAUGAUUGAUCAGACCACCGGGGACCCACCGGAGGUUGUUGGAAUCGCGUUUGCAGCUGAUGUCAUAAAGCACGAAUGUCAGCUCAUACUUCUUUUGAGGGAGGUUGUAACUUCCUACACUUUGUCUUGUCUGAUUGAAAACGAGCGCCACGACACCCUACGCGAUGCACUGCUUCGUCUAUAUCCAGACAUCUUUUACCUUUUCCAAGAUUACAAUGAUAAUUUUUAUUGGAUAAGAACAUCUGGAUCAACAAACGCAUUUGGUACUGGCCCUAAGUAUGACCACACCUACGGAACAUCACAAGGUUUCUAUUUGUACAUGGAAACUUCAAAUCCGAGAAACUAUAAUGAAACUGGACGAAUUUGGAUAUUGUUAUAUAAUGCAACGAACGUCACAUGCGUUGAGUGGUUCUACCACAUGAAUGGCACCACAGGGAACAUAUUAAAUGUGUAUAUAAUCAAUGCAACAGCUGUUGUUGGUACACCUGCGUGGACAGAAAAAAACAACCAAGGAAAUAUUUGGCAACUUGGACAAAUCUCAGUCGAAAGAGACAUUUUAUACUAUUAUAUAAUGUUUGAAGGAAUUGUAGGAAGUAGUACAGGUGGUAUUGCUUUAGAUGACGUCAGGAUCACUUUUGGAGCAUGUUCGAGAGAUGCGCAAACCAAAUGUGAUUUCGAGGAUCCAUACAUCUGUUACUUUGAACAAGAUGAAUAUGAUGAUUUUGAUUGGAAAAGAACAUCUGGAUCAACACCCACAUCUGGUACUGGCCCUAAGUAUGACCACACCUAUGGAACAUCACAAGGUUCCUACAUGUACAUCGAAACUUCAUAUCCGCGAUACAACAACAAAACUGCACGUCUUCGGACAUCGUCAUAUCCCGCAACAAACGGCACAUGCGUCAUGUGGUUUUACCACAUGUACGGGGCCACAUUGAAUGUGUACCUAGUCAAUACAGACGGUACCGUUGGUGCACCCGCGUGGGCAAAUACAAACGAUCAAGGAAACGUUUGGCGACUUGGAAAACUGUCAGUUGAAACAAAGAGUGCCUUCCAGAUAGUGUUUGAAGGAAUUGUAAGAAGUGGUGAUAAAGGAGAUAUUGCUUUAGAUGACGUCAGGAUCAUCGAUGGGGCAUGUUUGAGAAACGAAACUUGCGAUGUUGACUGCUUGAACGGCGGAGUCUGUGUCUCGGAUUACGGAAACGAGAACUGUCAGUGUGUGUCUGGUUUUUUUGGACCAACUUGCAAUAUAUCAAAAAAACAAUGUGAUUUUGAAGAUCCACACAUCUGUUACUUUGAACAAGAUAAAUAUGAUGAUUUUGAUUGGAUAAGAACAUCUGGAUCAACACGCACAUCUGCUACUGGCCCUGCUUAUGACCACACCUACGGAACAUUACAAGGUUCCUACAUGUAUAUCGAAACUUCAUAUCAGCGAUACAACCAAACCGCUCGUCUUUGGACAUUGUCAUAUCCUGCAACAAAUGGCACAUGCGUCAAGUGGUUUUACCACAUGUACGGGGCCACAGUGAACACAAUGAAUGUGUACCUAGUCAACAAGGAAGGUACCGUUGGUGCACCUGCGUGGACAAAUAGGAACAAUCAAGGAAACAUUUGGCGACUUGGAAAACUGUCAGUUGAAACAAAGAGUGCCUUCCAGAUAGUGUUUGAAGGAAUUGUAGGAAGUAGUAAUACAGGAGAUAUUGCUUUAGACGACGUCAGGAUCAUCGAUGGGGCAUGUUUGAGAAACGAAACUUGCGAUAUUGACUGCUUGAACGGCGGAGUCUGUGUCUUGGAUUACGGAAUCGAGAACUGUCAGUGUAUGCCUGGUUUUGUUGGACCAACUUGCAAUAUAUCACAAUACCAAUGUGAUUUCGAAGAUCCACACAUCUGUUACUUUGAACAAGAUAAAUAUGAUGAUUUUGAUUGGAUAAGAAGAUCUGGAUCAACAUACACAUUUAGUACUGGCCCUGCUUAUGACCACACCUACGGAACAUUACAAGGUUCCUACAUGUACAUCGAAACUUCAUAUUGGCGAUACAACCAAACCGCUCGUCUUUGGACAUUGUCAUAUCCUGCAACAAAUGGCACAUGCAUCAAGUGGUUUUACCACAUGUACGGGGCCACAGUGAACACAUUGAAUGUGUACAUAAUUAAUACAGAAGGUACCGUUGGUGCACCUGCGUGGACAAAUAGAAACAAUCAAGGAAACAUUUGGCGACUUGGAAAACUGUCAGUUGAAACAAAGAGUGCCUUCCAGAUAGUGUUUGAAGGAAUUGUAGGAAGUAAUGAUAAAGGUGAUAUUGCUUUAGACGACGUCAGGGUCAUCGAUGGGGCAUGUUUGAGAAACGCACAAAACCAAUGUGAUUUCGAAGAUCCAUACAUCUGUUACUUUGAACAAGAUGAAUAUGAUGAUUUUGAUUGGAUAAGAACAUCUGGAUCAACACCCACACAUGGUACUGGCCCUGCGUAUGACCACACAUACGGAACAUUAGAAGGUUUUUACAUAUACAUAGAAGCUUCAGGUCAAAACCUCAAUGACACUGCUCGCAUUUGGACUACUUUUUAUCCAGCAACGAACGGCACAUGCAUCCAGUGGUACUACCACAUGUACGGGGAAACAGUGAAUACACUGAAUGUGUACAUAGUCAAUACAACAAGUACUGUUGGCACAAUUGCGUGGACAAAUAGAAACAACCAAGGGAACCUUUGGCGACUUGGACAAAUCUCAGUUGAAAUAAACAGUACCUUCAAGAUAAUCUUUGAAGGCAUUGUAGGAAGUAGUUUUUCUGGUGAUAUUGCUUUAGAUGACAUCAUGAUCACCGAUGGAAUAUGUUCAACAAAUGAUAAUGAGGCGCCAAUAAUCACAUUUUGCCCAUUAGAUGCAUAUCUUUUGGCAGACAAGGCAAACAAUACCGCUGUUGCAGUCUGGAAUUCUCCUGCUGCAACAGAUAACUCAGGUGUGCCUCCAUAUAUUACAACAAAUAUUCAGCAAGGGGAUUUGUUAGCAAUGGGAAACCACCUUGUAUCAGUCACUGUUAAGGACAGUUCAGGAAACAUCAACAGCUCAUGUUCUUUCAACUUAGAAGUCAUAGGUGUCGUUAACGCAUCAUCAUCUGGUGACGUUAAUGCAUCAUCAUCAGUACCUGACUACCUGAUAGCUGUGUAUAUUCUCUGUGUCUUCAUUUUCAUCAUGUCGCCGUUAUUUAUCUUCUUUUGCAGAUCACAUUUUGUUAAUAUCAGAAUGGAAGCACCAACGGAAAUGAAUGAUUAUGUAACAUCAAUAAAUGUACCAACCUAUUUGUCAACGAUUAUCAAACAAUCUAACGGUAUGGACUUGCACAGGAGUGAUAAUACCCCUCAUGAUUAUGAUGAAAUUCCAGAUGGUAAUACAAGAUAUGAAGUACCUCCGGCAACCAGCGGUAUAGGUAAUGAUGUUGCACCACAAUCUAUGGAAACACAGUUGGGGAAUAAUGUAGCGUAUGAACAUGAUUAUGAGCCAAUUAAAUAG